UCUCGGAAGUGCCUGGCGCAUUCAUCGUAGUCGACAAUUCAAUGUCACGUCCAGGUUCAUUGCAUCUCCAAUUUUCCCUCUCCAGUCUCUUGACUGUUUUUCUUUUUCUUCUUUUCUAUGAUACGGCUCCCAGCAGGUUCCUAGUAUUCUAAUUCACUGAACCCACUCCGAUCCCUUUUGAUAAUCACUAUAGAUGCCAUUUUGAUUUUCACGCAAUCUUUGCUCUCUACUCUCACGGAUAGUCCCACUUCUCAAAACCCUACUACUGCUACCACAACAAUCGUUGAUCGCCGAGCUGGAAUCAUCGACCACAGUCGUUGCUAAUAAUGGCUUUUACGGAGUUUCGUCCGCUGGAUGAGAAGUCGCUGAUUGAUUACAUAAAGGCUACCCCUUCUCUGUCUUCCAAGCUGGGGAAUAAGUUCGAUGAUUUAACCAUUAAAGAAGUCGGAGAUGGCAACCUCAACUUCGUCUACAUUGUCUUCAACUCUUCCGGGUCUUUUGUCAUCAAGCAAGCUCUCCCAUAUAUUCGCUGCAUAGGCGAAUCAUGGCCUAUGACGAAGGAACGAGCAUAUUUCGAGGCACAGGCUCUUAAAGAACAUGGUCGCUUUUGCCCCGAGCAUACCCCGGAAGUUUAUCAUUUUGACCGUACCAUGUCUGUACUCAGCAUGCGUUACAUAGAGCCUCCACACAUAAUCCUGAGAAAAGGGUUGAUUGCUGGAAUUGAGUAUCCAGUACUCGCAGAACAUGUUUCAGAUUACAUGGCAAACACGUUGUUUUUUACAUCUCUACUUUUUCGAACCACUACUGAGCACAAGAGAGAUGUUGCCGAAUUUUGUGGGAAUGUGGAGCUAUGCAGGCUUACUGAGCAGGUUGUUUUUUCUGAUCCUUAUAAAAUCUCUCAAUAUAAUCGUUGGACUGCCCCUUAUCUUGAUUGUGAUGCCGAGGCUGUUCGAGAAGACAAUCUUUUGAAGGUUGAAGUUGCUGAGCUGAAAUCCAAGUUCUGUGAGAGGGCCCAGGCACUAAUACAUGGAGAUCUACACACUGGUUCUGUCAUGGUUACGCCUGAAUCAACACAAGUUAUUGAUCCAGAAUUUGCAUUUUAUGGACCAAUGGGAUUUGACAUUGGAGCAUUCUUAGGAAACUUGAUUUUGGCAUUCUUUGCUCAAGAUGGACAUGCUGAUCAAGUGACUGAUAGAAAAGCAUAUAAGGAGUGGCUUCUUAAGACAAUUGAAGAAACUUGGGAUCUUUUUCACAAUAAAUUCAUUGCUCUAUGGGACAAGCAUAAAAAUGGUCCUGGUGAGGCAUAUCUUCCUGCAAUCUAUGAGAAUCCUGAGGUUCAGCUGCUUGCACAGAAGAGAUACAUGAUGGAUUUGUUUCACGAUUCUCUAGGAUUUGGUGCUGCUAAAAUGAUAAGGAGAAUUGUUGGUGUGGCACAUGUGGAGGAUUUUGAAUCAAUUAGUGAUGCUAGUAAACGAGCUACGUGUGAACGCCAGGCACUCAAUUUAGCGAAGUUGAUUCUCAAGGAAAGGAGGAAGUUUGAAGGAAUUACUGAAGUUAUUUCAGCAAUUCGGCAGUUUUAGUCACGGUCAGCAGUAAGGUUUUUGCUAUCUGUACUUCAAUGGAAUAUUGAGUCUCCCUAUAAUCAAAUCUCUCACGAACCGCAUGAUAUUGUUGUCGUCAAUAUUAGAUACAAGAGAAUAAUUUUGUACUCAAUAGUAGUAUCUUUUCAA